AUGCCGUCGCUCCGAGCCAUCGUUUUUAACCUCACCCUUUUGGCCAGCGCCGCCAGCGCCGAGCGCCUCAGGGCCGUUUGGUCGUCCGGCUCCUUCUCCACCAUUGGUGACAACAGUGGAAAAUACGACGGCUUUGCCAUUGUUCGCGAGAAUGGUGAAGCAAUCUACAAUACCGAGACACCUAACGGCAAGACACCCUGCGCGAAUACAGGUGGUGGCCGCAUCUAUCAAAUUGAGGGCGACUGCUGGAACUCCGGCCGACAGUUCCACUGCGAAAGUGACUUUGGUGGGCACCCUGAAACCUGCGAUGUUCGUGAUGCGGACGGAAACACCCUGGGUGAAGCUACGGCACAGACGGAUACUACGUGGAUCGGAAUCUCGAUUGGCAUGGAUGCAACUUGUGUGGUGGAGUUUGACAGCGACGAUGCCAGUCACUGUCCUGUUGAUGAUGGGAAUGGGCCAUUGCACGUUGUCAAGGAUAACCACGGCGAUAGUCUCUAA